CAGGCAGCGCGUGGCGUCAUCGUCUCACUCACAGCUCGCUGUGCACCGUUAUAGGAACCCAGCGAUGAGCGCGUUGCUCUUCGUGCUGCUUCUUUUCUGGGGGACGACUCCAGCCGCCCUCUCAGAUGGAGCAGGAUCCAGUCUGGACUGUAGCAGCGACUUUGAGAAGCUGAUAAGCUGCUGCUUCAACGCACAGAACUGCUCUGAACACACUCUGACCGUUGGGAACAUCAGCAGAGACGGGGAGAAUCAGUGCGGUUUCCAGGAAAGCGACGUUGGACUGUGCUGCUGCUCCGUCCAAAUGCUGGUGGGGAGUCACAAGGCGACGGUCUGGAGAGGAAAAGAAAAGGUCCAGUCGGAAACCAUCAGCGACACGGGCAGCUUCAAACCUAGAGCUCCGACCAUCGUCUCGGUCGAUGAAUCCAAUGGAAACUUUCAACUAAAGUGGAGAACAAACCACCAUAGCAAUUAUGUCAACAUGUCUUUAAAGGCAAACGUGACGUACUACAAGAAAGGCAGCGAGGAAAAGGUCACUAAACCUGCGGAGAACGUAGUUGUUGAUCACCUGAAGUACUAUGAAAUACCCGGUCAGGACCUGGAGCCCAGUACGACGUACGUGGUCAGCGUGAGGAGCUACUCAGACUGGAGCGGGAGGUGCAGCGACAGCAGCCAAGAGGUGGAGUUCACAACAGCUGCCUCGGCUCUCGCCUGGCGCCCGGCGACCGUCACGGCCCUCAGCGCCGCCGCCGUCCUCGUCACCGCUGCGGCGUUCGGCUGCUACUACAGGGUCAGAGCUAAAUGCUCGGACGCAGUCGCCAGGUGUCCGAAGCCGAAACUCCUAGAUGUGCUUCCGGAGACGGAGAGAGGAGGACUGAUCCUAAAGCCGCCACCGAACGACUUCUCCCUCGUCUCUGUUGAUGCCGCCGCGCCCAACGGCGGCUACUCGCGGUGCUACGGCGGCGCCGACGUCACGGCCGCCGUUCAGGACGCCCUGAGGCAGGCGUUGGCCCGCGCCCCCGAGGCCCCGGGGGGCCGUUCGGCCUCCGGCGCCCACGGUCCCGGCGCCGCUGGAGCCCACUUUGACAACAUGACCUACGUGAGCGGCCCUCGUCCGCCUGCGACGGGCCGCUCCGUCGACGACGGGACGCGGGUCAAGCCGCGGGUUCCCUCCCUCAUGAUAACUGAUAUGUCGUAUCAGUCGAAUGCAAAAGAGUCGUCGCUGGAAUCAACACAAACCCCGUCACAUCAGCCAGGAAAGGGGCCGAGCCGUGACCCCGUGACCCCGGCGGCGCACGGUCACGCUGAUGCACAGCGUCCGAGGAAACGUGAGAGGGACGCGCUUCCAGUGAAUUUGUGGCGCAACGCUUCCAGUAACAGGUUUCCGGAUCAGGAAGACGCCGAGUCUGGCGCUGGACUGCGAAGGCGCAGCGGGGAAAACGGCGCAAUAAACGCUCUCGCCAUGGACCGAAGCAGGUUCCUGCGCUUUCCUCCGUUCGUCCCGCUGCUUGUUGCAGCUUUCAUGGCCGCAGACGCUCUCCCUGCAGUAACUAACGCAACGGGCUCAACUCUUGACUGCACCAACGACUUCGAGGAGCGAGUGUUUUGCCAGUUCGAAGCGCAAAACUGCAUCGAUCACAGACUGAAGAUCCGCAGCAACAGCGGUUACGGGGAGCGUCGAGGCCUCUUCUUCCAGCCGUGCGACGCCGGACGCUGCUGUUGCUCCGUGGUGGUUGGAGGCGAGAUGCUUAUUCAAGGGGACGUCCUGACAGCCAGCGUUUGGAAAGACGAGGAGGUCGUAGAUGUCAGAGAAAUGCCCGUCGUAGACGGCUUCAAACCUAAAGCUCCGACCAUUGUCUCGGUCAAAGAAUCCAAUGGGAACUUUCAACUAAAGUGGAGAACAAACCACCAUAGCUAUUAUAACGACAUAUCGUUAACGGCUAACGUGACGUACUACAAGAAAGGCAGCUGGGAAAAGGUCACUAAACCUGCGGAGAACGUAGUUGUUGAUCACCUGAAGUACUAUGAAAUACCCGGUCAGGACCUGGAGCCCAGUACGACGUACGUGGUCAGCGUGAGGAGCUACUCAGACUGGAGCGGGAGGUGCAGCGACAGCAGCCAAGAGGUGGAGUUCACAACAGCCGUGUCCCCUCACAUGCUGCUCCUCGCCCUCAUCGUCGGCCUCAGCGCGUUCGCUGUCAUGGUCACCGCCAUCAUGUUCGGCUGUUAUGUGAAGUUGAAGGACAAGUGGUGGGACAAAGCAGCCAGCCCCAAAGUCUUCCUCCCACAACCCUCGGAGAGUCAGAAUCACCAGUUGCUGAAGCCCAAGCCGCCCGUCUUGUCCUCUGUGGACAUCGUGCCUUGUGAUCAGGACGACAGCACCUCCUGGUUGCAGGUGCUGCUGACCGACACCAGCGCCGGGAGCUCUCAGAGCAGCGGCAUCAGCACCGGCUCCUCCGCCGUCGUCUACGCCCGGACCGAGCCCAACGUGCGGGUCGGGGUCCAGAACGCCCUCUCCGAGCUCUUCCCCCACCUCAGCCCGGUUUCUCCCGUGGCCGCCUGGCCGCUCGGAGGCGAGCCGGCGCCGCACGGCCUCGAAGCGGUCGGCGCCAGCUCCGGGUCUUCGGGUCUGGACAACAAGACCUACUCGCUGGUCAUCCCGAUGGCGGCCGGGGCCGAGGAGCGGGCGCUGGCCGGGCCCGAGCCUGCGCCCUGUGUCCCUAUGUUCCGGCCCGAUGAGGGUGACGCCGUGACCCACGUCCCGCCGGCGCCGCCCGGCCUGCUGAUCGGGCUCCCGCUGCUGGGUUCCACCCUCAUUCCCACAGACAUGUCGUACCAUCAGUGCAGGCCCGGAGUCCAGGCCUACGGCGAGGACUCCGGGCUGUCGUCGGUGUCGAGCGGCAGCGCCUCUGUAGCCGCGUGCGACGAGGACGGCGCCUCCCAGAACCGGGCCCUCGUGUGCGAGAACAACCCCUGCUACGCCCACACGCCUGCAGCUGCAGCUCCGCUGGUGGUGAACGCCUACCAGGCGUUCCAGAAGGUGGCCGCGCAGCCGGACGGGUCCACGGGCCGGGUCCCGGUCGGGAUCCCGGGGUUCCCUCAGGGCCAGUGCCUCACUGGGCUCCACCGGCCGCUCAUCGCGCUCACGUGCUCUCAGAUCCCUGUGAUCACAAGCACUGGAUAUCAAAGUGUGUGAAGCUCGUUUUCCAGAAAAUGUCAAACCGUGCUGGACCGCCUGCUGUGAAAUCCUGUCUCUAUUAGUGGCUGAUGGAGACUUCUGCUGCUUCAAACAAAUUCUGUUUAAACAUUUCAUUUUGAACUUUUUACUUUUAUGCUGUUGACUCUGAUGAAGAGAGAAUUUCAACUUUCAAGACUUGCAUCAGUAACGCGCAGCUCCACAACCAGCCACACGCUCAGCUGAUGGUUUGUUGUGACAUUAUUUCCUGUUGCACUUCUGGGGAACUGAGCACUUCCACAGAAGCACAAGCCGCUCGCAUCACAGCUGCGGUGACUCACAGGAGCCAUGUUCAUUUGCAUAUAUUAAAUAACACGUGACUUGUUUGUUGAAGAAACUUAAACGCAUCAUGUCCUACUCCUCGUGUGUGUGUGUGUGUGUGUGUGUGUGUGUGUGUGUGUGUACAGGCAUGUUACGCUGCAUGUGAACACUUUGUAUACUUAGUGUCUGCUGCUCCUGAGACUCAAACUCAAAUAAAAACCUUGUGAUCGAC